CGAUAGUAAAAGGUCGGAAGACUGCAUUAUAAGGUCUCAUAGACACCUGUCUCAAAUACAAGCCGGUGCAGUUCGACGAUUUGGGAAAAUAAAAGCCCAGGCAAUUAUUUGAAGUUUUACGGGUAAUGACCCCUCACAAAAAUUCUGUGGGAUCAUGGUGCUGCGGAUUCAUUUACAUACUACUGGUUCAAGUACAAAACAUGGAAUAGGCCUAUAUGUUAAAGUAUUUUUUAUAUGUUCAGAUCUUUUUACAGUCUAUGGUUCAGAUUUACUCAGAGAGUAGCCUAAAAGAUGCAAGUAUGCCUAUUUGGCAUGCUGUUUGAGAGGGCUCCAAGCUCGAUAUUUUGGCCCGAACCUUGAGUUCUGGGAUAGGAAUGUGCCAGAGAACCAGCCAGAGUGAGGAGUCAGGGUGGUGGAGGGAUGCUGAAAACUGCCGAGUAAUGUAGGUGAGUUGAUUGCAUAAUAUAGGCCUAUAGGUCUCCUCUCAUGCUGAUUUGAUAGGCUAUAGUCAUGUUGAUUGGAUAGGUUACGUUAGGGCACACCCCUGCUUCCAGUUUCACUGGGUCCCUUGGGGUCCCUAACACUAAAACAUUCCAAUUCUAAAUUAGGCUAUGGACCCCUUAAAACUGCAGGGUGUACCCCCAUGUACCAGUGCUUAAUAUGAAGAUAUCCUUUUUAUUUAAAUUAAGAAAACCAUAAUAUAACAAAAUGGCAUUCAAUUUAUAAGGAGCCCCUAAAAGGACAUGGUGAAGAUGAUGACAGAGAAAAAAUAACUGUAAAAUGCCCCCAAAUAAACUGUGUGUUCCCUCGCAAAAACUUGUGCGUUCCACCAAGAAACUGUUCCCUUUGCAUUAAAAACGUUUGCAUUCCCCCGAGGUGAGUCUGACAGUGAUUGACAAAAGAAUCAAAUGACCUAGCUACUUUUUUAGUUGUUGAUCUCUAACACAUGCUCUAGCAUAAACCUUAAUAGGCUACUGUGUGAUAUCAAACACAGAUACAAAUGUAUAAUUUUUCGCAAAUUUCCUCUUGUUAUUGUUGCCAGAGGCCUUUCAUUUCGCAUGGCGUUCUCAAAUCUGACCCUGCCUUUUCUUACCCUUGUAAGAUCACACGCUCUUGUAUGAGCGCAACAGCGCAUUCAUUCAGCGCAUGCGCACUAAUCAUGUGUUCUUCUGUCUGCAAUGCAAACUGGACCCGCUUUGAAUAGAUUGAAAAAACUUCACGGAAUGAAAUUUAUCUCGAGUGGGGGAGAUGGCUAUUUGAUAACAGGAGAAAACGAAUAACAAUUCCCGAAGGCCUCAGCUGGAGUGUCUUUUUAAAGAGUGUGUUAUUGUUCGAUGGUGUGAGCGCGCGCUGUCAUGCAGGAGUAAACUGCGCGCGGUCCGUCCACGCGCGUCAACUGCAUUUCUACUACUAGAUUUGAUGUGUUCCCUUAUAACAGCGACGUGCAGUACAUGACAGGAAUGAGAGGAGACAGUGAUCAUGCCAUUAAAGCCACUUGGGUCCUCCAACUUUUCUGCAUGUCUCUCCUGACUUCAUUUGGGAAAGGAGAAGAUGGCUCUUGUCAUGGAGCCUUUGAUUUAUAUUUUGUGUUGGAUCGGUCAGGCAGUGUGUCUGACAACUGGAUGGAGAUCUAUACAUUUGUGGAACAACUUACUAAUCGUUUUGUGAGCCCGAAAAUGAGGGUGUCCUUCAUAGUGUUUUCCUCUAAUGCAGAAGUCGUGUUACCUCUGACUGGAGACAGGACAGCUAUCGACAAUGGUUUGCAGAAAUUGAGCGAGAUCAGACCUGCUGGUGAAACCUACAUGCAUGAGGGCUUAAAAAAGGUAUUAGAACAAAUGACUUCCCAGGGAGGAAGAGCAUCUAGCAUCAUCAUUGCACUGACUGAUGGGAAGCUGGAGGUCUUUCCGCAUGACCUCGCUGUGAAAGAGGCAGAUCAGGCGAGGCAGUUUGGUGCUCGGGUUUAUUGUGUUGGCGUGAAGGACUUUGAUGCAAACCAACUUGUAGAUAUUGCAGACAGCAAAGAUCAAGUGUUUCCUGUCGUGGAUGGAUUUCAUGCCCUCAAAAACAUCGUAAACUCGAUUUUAAAGAAAUCCUGUGUCGAAAUUUUUAACCUCGAGCCCUCCAGCAUUUGCGUGAAUGAAUCGUUCAACAUUGUUUUGAGAGGAAGGGGCUUCACGCAGGGGAGAACGUCAGAGGGCGUGGUCUGCACAUUAUCGGUCAAUCAACAGGAUCCUUACAAUGAGAGGCCGGGUGUAGUGAAGGAUAAUUACGUGCUGUGUCCAGCUCCAGUGUUGACCGAGGUCGGACACUCAAUCGAUGUGCUCAUUAGUCUGAAUAAUGGCCAGUCUUUCAUUUCAAGUCCAAUCACAAUAUACGCCACCACAUGUUCUGAUGGGAUAGUGAUUGUCAUUGUGAUCCUGGUGCUGCUGGUUCUGCUGGGUUUAAUUGUGUUCUGGUGGUUCUGGCCUCUCUGCUGCACUGUGGUAAUCAGGGAUCCACCCCCAUCUCGCCCUCCACCUCCACGUCCAAUACCUGAGCCUGAGGUGGACCCUCAACCGAAGAAGAAAUGGCCCACCGUGGAUGCGUCUUAUUAUGGUGGCAGAGGGCCUGGUGGUAUAACACGCAUGGAGGUUCGCUGGGGUGAAAAGGGCUCUACAGAGGAAGGGGCUCGGUUAGCCAAAGCCAAAAAUGCUGUGGUCAAAAUGCCAGAGGAGGAGUUCGAAGAGCCUGUAAUAAGACCCCCACCCAGACCACCACCGAUAUAUCAGGCCCCAGUCCCAGACAAAUGGUACACUCCCAUUAAAAGUCGUUUUGAUGCUGUGUUAGCAUUGCUGCGUAGACAAUACAACAGAGUUGCCAUCAUGAGACCUACAGCAAAUGACAAGGGGCGCUGCAUCAAAUUCACCCGUGUUCAAAGUCAUUGACCAAACACAAUGUGUCCUUUAAGUGAGUUUUGAUCAAUUUUAGGAGACUGCUUGUAAAGGCUAGACAUUUUGAAUAUAGGGUUCAAAUGUCACUUUUCAGGCACGUUCAUAUAAGAAGGAUUGGGGAAUUCACACCCGUAUGGAUACAGUGUGCACCGCAAAGCUGUACUUAUGAAUUAAAACUAUCAGAUUUUAAUUCUUACAUGUAUAAAUCUAUCCUGCUGACUUUUCUGCAUGUGCUUUUUGUAACAAUUCAUUUUUUUGUUAAUUUUAUAGGUUCAAAUCAAUACUGUGCCUUCUUGUGAGUGUAUUAUGAAGGGGUUUGUAAAGGAGAGAAAAUGUAAAUUAUUAUUUUUCAAUAUGAGUAGUAGAUGUUAAUUUUCCAGUUAAUCUGUAAACAUUUUUAUUUAAUUAUUUGUUCUUAUUUUUAUUUAUAAUUCAAUCUUAUUAAAUAAAUUGUAAUAAUACAGUUCACUUGUGAGAGUGUGAUUCAUGAUGCAAUAAAUGAUUUAUGAUGAAAUGUUAAAGCCUGUAAUACCUUUCAAAUAAAAUGUAAAAUUGUA